AUGUGCAUCCAAAGUGGGUGGAUUGAGAACCAGAGAGGCUAUGGGGCCAAAGGGCCAAGGGAGGUGCAGCAGCCAGAGCUGGAACCAGCAGAGGAGGCAGAGGAGGUGGAAAGCAAAGGUGGAACCAGCUGGUUUCAGCAGUUAUUAAGCUUGAUUUAUUUUGAAGAACAUCGCAAAGGCAUUGGGAAUCUGGAAACAGUUGAUCGAGUCCCCUUCUUCGAGUACAACUUUCGAAAAAUGGAUUUUGUUGAAAGACCAUCUCCUCGUCUCUUUGCUACCCACCUCCCAUACUACUUGGUUCCAAGGGGGCUGAAGAACAAAAAAGGAAAGAUUAUUUACAUAUACAGAAACCCUAAGGACGUUACGUGCUCAUAUUUCCACUUUUCAAAGAAUGUGACAUUACAAGUUACAAGUUCCUUUGAGGAAUUUAUGGAACAAUUUCUAGAAGGAAAAGUGUCGGGAAGCCUUUGGUUUGACCACAUCAAAGGUUGGUAUGAGCACAAAAGCCUCUUCAACAUCCAGUUCUUGAUGUAUGAGGAGAUGAAGAAGGAUCUCAAAGGUUCUCUGUCAAAAGUCUGCAAGUUUUUGGGGAAAGAGCUGAGUGAGGAGGAAAUGGAUUCCAUUGUGAGACAGGCCACAUUUCAGAACAUGAAAUAUGACCCACGGGCAAAUUACAAGAAUAUAAUAAAGACCCGAUAUGGGUUAGAAGCUAAAGGUCAUUUCCUUCGCAAAGGUACCAUUGGAGACUGGAAAAAUCACAUGACUGUUGAGCAGAAUGAAAGGUUUGACAAGAUUUUCCAAAGGAAAAUGAAAGAUUUUCCCUUGAAGUUCAUCUGGGAUAUGAAUGAAGAAUAG